AUGUCUCCUUCGGGUAGAGCGCGGCCCCUGAGCCUCAUGUUGCUUUUGGGGAUGGGGAUGGCAUCGGAGAGGAUCAGCUGCCCGAGCAGGUGUAGCUGUCGGUACCUGGAAGUGAACUGCACGGGGCAGCAGUUGCAGGACUUCCCCGCGGCCAUCCCGCUGGACACCAGGCAGCUGAUUCUGGCGGCAAACAACGUCUCGUACCUGCCGGCAGUGGAACUGAGCUUCUUGGCUGAUUUGGUCUAUCUGGACUGCAGGAAGAACCUCUUGGGGGAUGACCUGGAUUUCACUUUCAUUGGUGUGGCCAAGCUUGUCUAUCUGGAUCUCAGCUUCAACAACCUCGCACAGGUCACCUUCAGCACCUUCUCACACCUCCUCAGCCUGGUGGUGCUGAAGAUCUCAGACAAUCCCAACCUCGUGACCAUCGAGAAGGACGCUUUCGCCAACAAUACCUGGCUGAGGCACCUGGAUGUGAGCCGGACGGGCUUAACAUUCCUGGACACCAGCACUGUCCGGGACCUGCCCAACCUGAGGUUUCUGGGGCUCAGCGAGAACCUGUGGCACUGCAACUGUUCCUUUUUGGACUUCAUCACCUGGAUGACAGAGAGCAACGUUCAUUUUCCAG